AACGUUCUGAGCUUUGCUCCCGACAAGCACACCUUCACUGAAACAUUCACUAUCAUGUGCAAACUGCCAAAAUAGGAAAUCGGUAAUCUUGAGGAAGGUGCUUCUCCCUCGUGCCAAGCAUCUCUCCUUCCUUUUCCUCCUUCUCCGUCAUGUCUUUGUUCUCCGACCCCAUUGCUUCUAAUCCAUCUGUCCCAUCUGCAUGGAACGGGAAAGCCUGUCAGCGAGAUUGCAAAGCCACCUCUUCUCCGGAAUCCGCACUCGCCAGAAGAAAAAGAGUCGAGAAAAAAGCAAAUCAGCAAAAAAAAGCAAAGAAAGCAACACAAUGAUCUACCGAAACGGACCAAUGCCGAAGGUCUCCCCAACACCAUCAUCAUCAGCAUCACUAAGUCAGUCAGUCUACUGUGAAGGGUAUGGUGGACCUCCGACCCCCACCGUGCUUCCCUCCUUCCCUCCGAUCACCCUGUGAAAGAUUAAGAACGUGGUCAAUGAGUGACCGAUCCCCUCCCCCCAACCGCAUAACUGCAGCUUACUUACAUCCUCAACCGCCAAUUCCAUCCCUCGCUUGUCUAUAUUUGUCACUUGAUCCAAACUACCUGUAUUUGGUGUGUAUG